CCAAGCUUAGCUUGUUUAUCGUCAGAAAUAUAAUAAUAAUAAUGUCUCAUCCUCUGGUGCUACCCCACGAGGACACAAUCAGAAAACAAGUUUUGGAGACUCAUAAUCCUGAAGAUGGCCGCCGCAACAUUAUUAAUGUCGGAAGAAUUCUUGAUGUUGUCCACAACAUCAUCCUCAACACCCACACGGCUGCUGCUGCAGGGACGACAACCUUGGAACAACAACUUCGCCAACCGCUGGACUAUGAUAACAUCCAACUUCUGUUUAAAAUACAACAGCUUUCAUGCCAGGUGGGUUCGGAGUGGUCGGGAGAUGUGGGUCUAUACGUGAUGACAAUAAAUCUGUUGAGGAUGUUGUCAAGUUAUGAAUGGGAAGCCAAAGCAGUGAUGCUGCUAGCAGCAUUUGCCAACAAUCACGGAGACCAAUGCAUUUUCACCCACCAAACUAGAAGAUUAGCCAAAAAAGUGUGGCUUCUCAAGCAAAGCACUGCUCCCCACCCAAACGACACGACAACCUUUGACGACAGACAGAGAACCAUUGUGGGAUCAAUCAACUCAAUCUUAAAUCUCACGAAGCGUAUGUUGGAGCUCAAACAACUCCCACAACAAUUCAUCCCACUCUCCCUUGAUUCUGAUAUCCUCUCCAGCACUGUUUACCACAUCACUCAAGCUGUUCUCGUCUGUGCAUCGCUUCUCAAAACCCUUGGCGUGGCACGCUCCCAAAUCCCUGCUGGAGUAGUGGAAUCACUAGCCCACUAUAAAAAGGAAUUUGAAGAUACAGACAUCACUCUUCAAGCUCUACUCAAUGACUGCCAUACCAAAAUAGAGGAGAAGGAGGUACAAGAAUCUUACGAAGCAUUAAAACUUGCUUUUUCUCGGUCAGAUCGGUCUGAUGAUAAUAGAGACAUUUUGAAGUUACUAUUUAAUGUCAAGGAUGAUCAGAACAUGCCGCUGUAUCAUGGUGAAACAAAAGUGGAGGCGGAACUAGAUGUUUUACCGACGGAUAAGAAUCUGCUACUGGUAAUAUCGUCCGGAUUAGACAUCUCAAAGGAAAGGGCAGAAUAUCUCGGGAAGGUUUACAAAGAUUGCCAGCAGAAUCAUGGAAUGAUCUGGAUUCCGGUUGUGAAUGGUCGACGGAGAGAGUUCUGGAAUGAAGAGAAGGUGAAUGAGUUUGAAAGCUUACUAGCUGUGAUGGGUUUCUACUCAGUAAAAGAUCCAAGAAAAUCAGUGGCAGCAGGGUUGCAUAAAUAUGUUGAGGAGGAUUUGUUCCAAGGUGUAGAGAAGGAUGAUUUCUUCAGAAUUGGGAAGGAGCCCAUUGUUGUGGUGCUGGAUUAUAAGGGGAAGUUUGUGCAUAAAAAUGCAAUGGGCAUGAUAUUGGCAUGGGGAGCUGAUGCCUCCCCAUUUGACACAUACAAAGAAGAAUGUAUGUGGAGGGAUGAGACAUGGGGAACUGCACUUAUGACCACUACCAUUCACCCCAUACGCCAAUGGAUGAAUGCAAAACCACAAGGAGCAAACAAGGAAUGCCUUUUCUUUUUGUAUGGAGGGAACGACAUUGAAUGGGUUCGACAAUUCAAAAUCGAGGUAGAAAAGUCAGUUUCAUCAGACUAUGAACCAAGGAUGAUGUACCUGGGAAGAAACAAGGAGGUAAGAUCAAUCAUUUCCCCAAGCGAUUGCUUGGAUGAGCCCUCAACAUGGCUCUUUUAUACUCGACUGCAAACCACAUUGUUGUCAAGGAUGAACUAUUUAAGCAAGUUUAACCUUAACAAGUUAGGCCACGACAACAUAUUAAGCCUCCUCAAAAAAUUGCUUGCUUACAAAUCUCUGGGUGAAACUGGAGGAUGGUGCCUGCUAUGCACAAAGGAUGUUGUGAUCCGAUGUACGAAUGAAGCUACAAUGUUGAGACUCUUGACUGAGUACAAGGAUCGGAAAGAAGUUAUUGCCAAGGAUAAUAAUAAGCAUUUCUACGAGGUGUUUGAGGUGCAAUAUGAUCACCCUAAGUAUUCUUCCAAUUCUUUCACUUCACUAUAUCACCAGCCCUGCUGUGAACUUGAAUACCCUAGUGAACUUGGGUAUCCUACAACUUUCACUGAAAUUCCAGAGAGGGAGAUGUGUCCGGUUUGUUAUACAUAUAUGUAUAAACUUAUCACUUUCGCGUGUUGUCAUGGCCAUGCCCACCAUGAUUUGGAGUACGACGAAAAUGAUGAUGCAACCAAUAAGUAGAAAUAUUAUAUGAUCACAAUAAUGUAACAUCAUAUCAUGUCACAUUAUAUUGUUAAGUUAUAUUUUGAAAUGUUUGUCUUAAAUUUAUAUUGAUCAA